CUCUUCUCUUCAUCUCAUUCAUCAAGCAGUCACUCACAUCCAACAAAAUGAAGGUCAACCAAGUUGCAUCCUGGAUAACCCUCGUGUCUGGAGUGGCCUGCUCUGUGGCCGCCAGUCUGCCCGCCCCCGAGACGCCGCAUUACAACGGCCUGGUCGUCCGAGAGGAUGAGACGGCCAAGAAGAUCUGGAGUGUGGAAACGAGCACCAUCGUGGUCAACUACGCCAACACCUUUGGCAUCAUUGCCGGAGGGAUUGCUGCGAUCAUCGUGGCCUUCAAGAAAGGCAGCACCAGCGGUUGCACUGUUCACGGCGCGCGCGUCUCGGCCAGAGACUGGACCGAGGAAUACGAUGCCAGCAACUCCUCCUCCUACUACGAGUGGGAUCUGGGCGCCAUCUCCGACGACCUGCAGGACUCGGGAUUCAAUAUCGACUACGAUGGCUGGAGCUACUCCCAGCUGUUUUCCAACACCUCCGAAGCCCACUAUACCGGGACCAUCAGCAACAAUGGGACCUCCAUCUCCGGCAUUUCUCUCAAUGCCAACGGAUCCAUCGCUUUCCAUGCUGGUACCUCCUCCUCGUCCUCCUCUUCCUCCGAUCUUCAGACCCGUACCACCACGCUGAGUGAGGAUAUUGUCUAUGUGAUGUAUCACGCCACGGGAAAAUGCUAUACCACUCACUCCGAGACCGAGGUGGCCAAGGGAAUCAAAAAGGCGUUCAAGAAGAUCACCUCGGGCGAGUACUAUGCCUCAUGCUGGGCUCUGCGCUUUGGUAGUGGAUCGUGGCAUGGUCAUCUGAAGAUCCUGGGCGUCUAUACCGACAAGGCCAUUGCCAGCAUGACUGCCUAUUAUCGGGAAUGCACGGCUGAUUCUUAGGUCUUCAGUAUAUUUGAUGUUGAGUCGAUGGUCAGAGUAGGGAGCCUUGUGUAUAUUUAGAUAAGAAUAGAGUAGACAGA